AUGAAUGGGAUGAGGAAUAAUAAUGGUAGUUCUUAUUCCUCCUCGGUAGCUACUCUUGUUUUCUUGGUGUUGUUUUUUGUAUCAUUGAGUUUGCUACCAACUAGGAUUCAAUGUGCGGAUCAACCAUAUGUAACCUCGUUUUAUGCUGAGGAAAUCUAUAAAGAACUUCAGAGUCUUGCAACGCUUUUUACUAGCGACAUUAGAAAAACUUUAAGCUUCUGCAUAAAGGACAUGAAAAAAGAUUGGGAGGAAGCUUUUGAUUUUAAGGGGAGGUUAGACUUUGUGGAUUCUUGUGUAAAGAAAAAAGGAGAUUUCAGAGAUAGAAUAUGCACUUCAGUUGAAAUAAGGUACUAUUUUCAGAGUUUUAUGGAUACAACAGGAACUACAUCUCAGAGUUAUGUGAAACCGAACAAGAAUUGCAAUCUGUCAUCAUGGGUUGCUGGUUGUGAACCUGGUUGGGGAUGUAGUGUUGGAAGCACUGUUGACCUCAAAAAGGAAUUACCUGAGAUUCCUUCUAGAAUUGAUAAUUGUCAACCUUGUUGUGAGGGUUUCUUUUGCCCUCAAGGCUUGACUUGCAUGAUACCUUGCCCACUAGGCUCUUAUUGUCCAAUUGGGAAACUGAAUACAACCACUUCAACAUGUGAACCAUAUAGCUACCAGAUACCUGCAGGGGAUCCAAACCAUGCAUGUGGAAGUGCAGAUGUAUGGAGUGGAGUUGUGAACAACAGUGAUAUCUUUUGUGAUCCAGGAUCAUAUUGCCCAACUACAACACGUAAAGUGGCUUGUGAUCGUGGAUAUUACUGCAGAAGGGGUUCCACUCGCCAAAAUUCAUGCUCCAUGUUGAGUUCCUGUAAAGCAAACACAGAAAGCCCAAAUAUGCAUGCUUAUGCUGCUUUGCUUAUUGUUGCACUGAGUACUCUGCUGAUCUUCAUUUACAACUGUACUGAUCAAAUUCUAGCAACAAGAGAAAAGCGAAAGGCGGAUUCUAGAGAGCGAGCUGCCAAGCAUGUGAAAGAGAUUGCACAAGCAAGACAAAGAUGGAGAUCAGCCAAAGAUAGCAUUACAAAGAAGAAAGGUUUGCAAGAACAAUUAAGAUCCUUUUCGCGCCGAAAAUCCAUGAAACAGGACACUACUAAUGCUGCUGCUGCUGCUUCUCCUCUGCCACCUUCGGACAACUCUUCUGAGAAAAAGGAAAGCAACCUCACAAAGAUGAUGAACUCGGCUGACAGUGAUUCGAAUAGCAGCGAAGGAUUCCACUUGAACAUUGGAGAUAAGAACCUGAAGAACAAGCAACCAAAGGGUAAAAAUCUGCACACACAAAGCCAGAUUCUAAGGUAUGCUUAUGGGAAGAUUGAGAAGGAGAAAGAACAAGAACAGAGCAAUAACUUAACAUUCUCUGGAGUUAUAUCAAUGGCUACUAAUGUUGAUGAAGAGAUUAAAGCAAGGCCAGCCAUUGAAGUUUCAUUCAAGGAUUUGACUCUAACUUUGAGAGGGAAAAAGAAGCAUCUUCUAAGGUGUGUGACAGGUAAACUGAUGCCUUGUAGAGUGUCAGCUGUGAUGGGACCCUCUGGAGCUGGCAAGACCACUUUUCUUUCUGCUUUGGCUGGCAAAGUUAGAGGUUGCACCAUGACUGGAUCUAUUCUUAUCAAUGGCAAACAUGAAUCCAUUCAUUGUUAUCAAAAGAUUAUUGGUUUUGUUCCUCAAGAUGAUAUUGUCCAUGGUAACUUGACCGUGGAGGAGAAUCUUCGCUUUAGCGCAAGAUGCAGGUUGUCAGCAGACAUGGCAAAAGCAGAUAAGGUUCUGAUUAUAGAGAGAGUAAUAGAGACAUUAGGACUGCAAGCAAUAAGAGAUUCCCUUGUUGGGACAGUGGAAAGGAGAGGAAUAUCAGGAGGACAAAAGAAGCGUGUGAAUGUGGGAUUAGAAAUGGUGAUGGAACCUUCACUAUUGAUAUUAGAUGAGCCUACAACAGGUCUUGAUAGUGCUUCAUCCUCAUUGCUUCUUAAAGCUCUUAGGCGUGAAGCUCAUGAAGGGGUUAACAUAUGCAUGGUACUUCACCAACCAAGCUAUACAUUGUUCAGAAUGUUUGAUGAUAUAAUAUUUCUAGCCAAAGGGGGGCUUACUGCAUAUCAUGGACCAGUGAAGAAAGUUGAGGAAUACUUUGCUAGCAUUGGAAUCCCUGUCCCUGACCGUGUGAAUCCCCCUGACCACUUCAUUGAUGUUUUGGAAGGUCUUGUGAAGCCUUCUUCCGGUGUCACAUACCAGCAGCUUCCCAUCAAGUGGAUGCUCCAUAAUGGUUACAAUGUUCCUCCUGAUAUGCUUCAUGUAAUGUCUGAAAACCAUGAUCCUGAAUCUUCAUCCAAGGGUGAAGCUGAAGGUGGUGGUGAAGAGCAAUCAGAACAUCAUUGGGAUAGUGUUGAGAUAGAGAAAGAUCAUGUAGACUCAAACUUUUUGAUUGUUAAGGAUUUGUCCAAUAGAAGAACACCUGGUGUAUUUCGACAAUAUAGAUACUAUCUUGGCAGGGUUGGUAAGCAGCAACUACGAGAAGGAAAAUCUCAAGCAGUUGAUUAUCUACUCUUGUUAGUUGCUGGUGCUAUCUUAGGAAUGCUAACUACAGCCAAUGAUGAAACGUUUGGUUCCCUUGGAUAUACAUUCACAGUUAUUGCUGUGUCUCUACUGUGCAAGAUUGCAGCUCUUAGAUCAUUUUCACUUGACAAAUUACAAUACUGGAGGGAAAGUGCAUCAGGGAUUAGUAGUCUUGCUCAUUUUAUGUCCAAAGACACAAUUGAUCUUUUCAACACAGUAAUCAAGCCUGUGGUGUAUCUAUCCAUGUUCUAUUUCUUUAGCAAUCCAAGGUCAAGCUUUGCAAGUAACUAUGUGAUUCUGCUUUGCCUUGUCUACAGUGCUACUGGCAUGGCUUAUAUAUUAGCAAUUUACUUGGCUCCUUCUGCUGCACAACUGUGUUCAGUGCUAUUUCCUGUGGUUAUGACUCUGAUUGCAAGCCAAAAGAGAGACACUACACUGAUGAAGAUCCUAGCAAAACUGUGCUACCCAAAUUAUGCAUUGGAGGCCUUUGUAGUUGCAAAUGCUGAAAGGUACACAGGAGUGUGGCUAAUUACACGUUGUAGUUCACUUAAGACUAAUGACUAUAAUGUGAACGAGUGGAUUAUGUGCCUUGUAAUCCUCAUUCUCUAUGGAAUACUCUUCAGAAUUCUCGCCUUUGGUUGUCUCUUGAUCACACAAAGGAAGUAG